UGGCUUCAAUGCUUCCUUCUCCUCAUCACCGUCUUCUCUGGUUAUUCUCUUCUUCAUCAACAUCUACCUGUCUGUAUCAGAAACAAGCCUGUGAUUUAUAUAUAUGCAUUUACAUCAGCCGUUUAUGAACGUACCUUAAUUACGAUCAAUAGUAGCAUCGUUAAUGAGGUCGUCAAAAGAAGCUGGUGCAUGGAUAUCCUCCGAUUCUUCAUGUGGUAUCAAUUCAAUACCAUCAACGCCACAUGUUUCCUCAUAUAUUUCCAAAAUCCUAGCAUCAAGCUCCUCAAAUAGUUUUUAGUAGUUGCAUACUAUCAAUUUUGACAGGACGUGAUUCUAGAGCUUUUUUUGUGGAGCUUGCUAAAUGCCACGGGUAAUCUAUGUACCGAAUAUCAUUGACGGAACGACAAUUCGAUAAAGUAAUAAUUCGAUAAUAGGAUUUGGGUCUCACUGGGCAUAUCACUAUAACGAGUGGCCACU